GCUAUAGUGUGCUGCCACCUUGUGCAAAUUGGCGCAAUUUAAACAAAAAUAAGCGAAAAAUCACAGAAUCAUUCGCAGGAGGGACGCCAGGAUAGACUCCCAAUCAACACAAAACCAUUGGAAAGCAUACACGGUAUUUUCACAAUCAAUAGGCUUACCCAGCUGUGCCCAACGAAAUAAAUAUCAAUCGCAGCCACAAUGACGACACCGCUGCAGACUCGCAUGGCGCUGGCCGAGAUACCCGAUCGUCUGGAGGCCCUGCGCAUGGCGAAUACUCCGACAAAUGCCAAUCGACGCACUCCAGACGAACCGACCCCGGCGGCCAUAGUGAACACACCGAAUGCCAAUGGUGGAGGCGGCCUGGGAAUGCGUGUGGACAACGAAGCGAAUGUGGUGCAGGGUCAGGACUUUGUUUUCUCGCCGCUGCCCUCCCCGGAUGAGCUGGUGAUACGCCAGCGUGGUCGAAGACGUUUCACAACGACAUUUUCGCCCGACAAGCCCAAUGGCGGUGGCAGUGGGUCGGGUGGCUCUUCGAUGCGAAGUCCAUUCCAGCGUACGCCCACAAAGAACCUUCAGUUGACCAGCGGCAUGAUCUUGCGCAGCUCGCCAAGGAAGCGCCUGACCAUGGGCAGUACUCCACCCGAGCCAACGCCCAUGGAGACAAACUCUCCGAUUAAAAUCAAAUCCGAUCUCACCAAGCAGCUCUGGCCCGGCACACCCAUCGUGAAGAAGCUGAAGAUGGAUGACCGCCCAGUGGGCCAGACAAACACCGAGGUGGCAUUACCGUCCCUGCUGCAGGGUCUGUCUCAGCAGCAACUUAUCGAGCUGAUUGUGAACAAUGUAAACAAUGCUGGCGAUGAGGAACGACUCCGACGGCAGCUGCCCACGCCAGACAUUAGUGCGUUGGAGCAGGAGCUGCAAUAUGCCAAGCGGCUGAUAUUUAAAUCUUUGCCCACCUCUCGCCUGUGCAAGAAAACAGAUGCGGCUGCCUAUUCCAAGGCAUCGAUGCAUCUCAACGAAUUUAAGCGAGUGCUGCAAGUGCAGGCAAAGCGCCUGCACGACGCCACCCACUGGGACGCCCUGGUCGACUAUGUCAGCAUGGCCUGGCAGUGUGUGGCCACUACGCCCAACUGGGAGAGCCACGCACACAAUGCCGUGCGUCGGCAAUGCUUCAAAUUGCUGGCCUGCUCCUGUUAUGCGGCCAUCAAGCAUGGCGGAAUGCGCCUCGGCCAGACACGACUGGAGAGUCUGGAGCGCAAUCUGCGCGAAUGGUCCAAGGACUACGAGGAUGUGCUGUCCUGUGUGAAUGCCUUGCAGCGUACGCUUAGCAGUCGUACUAGCAUAUAGAACCCAGGAGACUAUAGACUUGCUGAACUCGAGGUUUAGUGGACCGUUUUUAGUAGUUAAGCUUAAUUUUAGCCCGUAAGCGAAUGAUAGCUGGCGAUAGUGACGAAUGGGAAGGCCUGGCAUGUGCUAAAGACUAUUUUUGUAAUUUUUGUUCGUCGACAUGUUUUCCUUUUUAAAUUAUGCGUUUAGCAGUUACAGCUUCAUUAUUUAGUCAUCUAAGCUCCACACAAAACAUUGCUAACUACAGCCGGUUAGCUCUAUAAAAAUGUAUUUAUUAACGCUUAAAUAUAUGUAUGCUUAGCAAGUAGGUUUGAUUUCCAUUGGACAUUGUUUGAACUAAGUACACUUAUUCGAAUAUGGUGUUACAUCUAGAUCCUACAUCACUAUGACUAUCUUUUACAAAUUGUACACACGCCAUCCAUCCAUCCCCUAACGAUGUCUCUCCUCCCAGCUUUAACAAGUUAGCCCUCUCCGGCUUAUCCAGUGGAGUAAACGGAAUACAAACAGCAAAGUUAUUAGUAUUUUCGGUGUGUUUUGGCUGCGUGAACUCCCCGAAAUGUGUCGCCCUGGAAAUAAUGGAAAUAUAUACAUAUAUUAUAAGUUA